AUGAGCUCUCCACGACGCCGCAUAGAGACAGACGUCAUGAAGAUGCUCAUGAGCGACUAUGAGGUUACUUUGGUCAACGAUAACAGUAUGCAAGAGUUCUAUGUGCGAUUCAAGGGCCCUGCCGAAACUCCUUUUGAAGGCGGGGUCUGGAAAGUCCAUGUUGAGUUGCCGGACCAGUACCCAUAUAAGUCACCCAGCAUCGGCUUCGUGAACCGCAUUUUCCACCCAAACAUCGAUGAACUGUCUGGGUCGGUCUGCUUGGACGUCAUUAACCAGACGUGGUCCCCGAUUUUCGAGAUGAUAAAUAUCUUCGAGGUGUUCUUGCCGCAGCUGCUGCGCUACCCGAACCCGACCGACCCGCUGAACGGAGAGGCAGCUGCCUUGCUAAUGCGCGAGCCAAAGAGCUACGACAUCAAGGUCAAAGAAUACGUCCAGAGAUACGCGAGCAAGGAAGCGGCCGACGAGGCCGGCGCCGAGAGCGAGGACGACGACGAAAUGUCUUCCGUUGCAAGUUUUGACGACGAUGACGACGAG